UACCAGAACCUGUACUUCCCAACGAUACAACGUAACGCAGACGCAGCAUCAAUCAUGGCGCUAGCACCUAGCCAUGCACUCGUCGUCGCUCCGUUCACAGCACUCUGCGCCUUCCUUGCCCUCGCUUUAUUAUUUCUGUAUAGCAAAGCAACGUCGUCGUCGAAGAAAACACAGCAGCUGCUGCCGCCGGGGCCGGCUGGGCUGCCGAUCAUCGGCAGCCUGCACUGCGUGGUGUCAAAAAGGCCGGUGUUUCGGUGGAUUCACGGCCUUCUCAAGGACAUGGACACCAACGUCCUGUGCCUCCGCUUCGGGGCCGUCCAUGUCGUAGUAGUCGCCUGCCCAGAGACAGCCCGUGAGGUUCUCAGAACGAACGACGCUGUCCUGGCGUCUCGCCCGGAGACAGUGGCCUCCGCACUGUUCAGCUUCGGGUACAAGGGCUCCAUCCUGACGCCCUACGGGGAGCAGUGGAAGAAGAUGAGGCGGGUCCUCAGCUCCGAGAUCCUGUCGGCGUCAAUGGAGCAGCGGCUGCAGCGCCGGCGAGCGCAGGAGGCCGACUACCUCGUCGGUUUCCUGUACAGCCAGUGCAGCGCAUCUGCAGCUGCCUGCUGCUGCAGCGCCGUUGAUGUACGCCAUGUAGCACGGCAUUUCUGCGGCAACAUGAUACGGACGCUCGUGUUCGGCAAGCGACACUUCUCCGGCGGCGGCGGCGGCGGCGGCCCGGGUCCUGAGGAGGUGACGCACAUGGACGCGCUCUUCACACUGCUCAACUACGUGUACUGCUUCUCCGUCUCAGAUUACGUCCCUGCUGCGUGGACGUGGAUGGUUGCUGGCGACCAUAAGAAGGUUGCCGAGAGCGUGAUGGAGACCCUGAGCAGGUUACAUGAUCCCAUCAUACGGGAGAGGAUCCGUGAGUGGGAGGGCCUUCGCGAACGCGGUGACAGGAGAGAGGCAAGAGAUUUUCUUGACGCGCUUGUCUCUCUUGAGGAUGCAGAAGGGCAGCCUUUCUUGUCGUUUGAUGAAAUAAAAGCGCAGACAGCGGAGAUGAUGUUUGCAACUAUUGACAACCCAUCAAACACGGUCGAGUGGGCACUCGCGGAGAUGAUGAACAGACCGGAGGUCAUGCACAAAGCGAUGGAGGAGCUGGACACCGUCGUUGGCAAGGACAGGCUCGUCCAAGAACCCGACAUCCCUCGCCUCAACUAUCUGAAGGCGUGCGUGCGGGAGGCCUUCCGCUUGCAUCCCUACCACGCGUUCAACCCACCCCACGUCGCAACGGAAGACGCCGUCGUUUCCGGCUACCUCAUUCCCAAGGGCAGCCAUGUACUCCUCAGCCGGGUGGGGCUUGGCCGGAACCCUGACGUCUGGGACGCUCCUCUCCAGUUCCGGCCAGAGCGACAUCUGAUGAUGAACGAGAACGACGACGUCGACGAUAGGUACCACCAUGUGGUUCUCACCGAACCAGAUCUUCGGUUCAUCUCGUUCAGCGCAGGCAGGAGGGGAUGCCCGGGGGUCUCACUCGGCAGCUCCGUUACGAUGAUGCUGUUCGCAAGGCUUCUCCAAGGGUUCACAUGGACCAAGCCUCCUGGCGUUCGUGCAAUCAGGCUCCAGGAAUCCAGCACAAGUCUCGCACUGGCUGAGCCACUCCUCUUACAAGCUCAGCCUCGUUUGCCAGUGCAUCUCUAUGCGUCUGGCUAGCUAUCACCACACCAUGCAUGUAGUCUGGACUCUCAAGGAUGGAUCGGCUUUGUAUAUAUUCCUGCACAAUGCAAGCCCGCCGGCUCAGGUGAAGGCAAUGCACUAGCUAGCUUUGUCACUUCAAUGUUAUACAAGCAUGCACUUGUAUAUGUUGACUCAUAUAUGUGGCUCCGAGAUGGAACUUUGUCCUUUUAUGUAUCCAAAUGUCAUUUUGUUAAAUUUUGUAAAUAAUAUGACUAUUUAAGUAAUUUUCUUCUAUA